AUGGCGAUUUCCGGCGAUCUGCGAGUUUCAGCAACUCUUCCUCUCUAUCGCUCUCACUCCCACUCACCUCCACUUCGAACUGCUUCGGUCCCUUCUCCCAAGGUAGACUUUCAUCGUUUCUUGGGUGGAGCAUGUAAUAUCUCUGAAUUCACCCCAAAAUGCCCUUGCCUGACAAUUGUACGAUGCAAUAUGCGUGGGUAUUGCAAGCCAGUUGCUGCUGUCCUUGGAGGUCCUAAAUUUACAUCAAAUUCAGUUAGUCAAGAAGCUGAAAAUUUUCUCCUUGACGCUGUUAAAAUGAACUUCUUUGAGCGGUUAAAUUUGGCUUGGAAAAUAAUAUUCCCAUCGGCCAUAUCUAGAAAAAACUCUAAUGCUAGAAUUGCUAAGCAACGUUUAAAAAUGAUUUUGUUCUCUGAUCGGUGUGCUGUAAGUGAUGAGGCAAAGCGAAAAAUUGUCAGCAAUGUUGUGCGUGCUCUAUCCGAUUUUGUGGAAAUAGAAUCACAGGAUAAAGUUCAGCUGAGUGUCUCUGCUGACACAGAUCUUGGAACUAUUUACUCUGUUACAGUGCCUGUACGUCGAGUUAAGCCAGAUUAUCAAGAUAUGGAUGAAUUUGGGACAAUAACUAAUGUUGAGUACAAGGACACCGGAGAGAGGUCGGGUUCUGUUGAUGUUAGAUUUGAUUUCUAUGUUCCAGACGAAACGACUGGAGUUUGA